CUACAUAAGCUAACAAAUACCCCAUUUUUUGAAGUCAACAAUGACAAACAUUAACACCAAAAAACACAUUUUUCAUCUAUGUUCUUGCUUCUACUUUCUUCUAAUUUCACAAAUCCUCGCAAUAGCAGCAACAACAACAGAUAAUACGAUAACGAUUACAAAUCCCCUUACGAUAUCGAAAACUUUAGUCUCUCAACAAAAAAAAUUCGAAUUAGGAUUUUUCACUCCUGGUGGUCCGAAUUCAGACAAAUGGUACGUCGGAAUAUGGUACAAAGAAAUCAAAGAAACGACGAUAGUUUGGGUUGCGAACAGAGAAAACCCCGUCACCAAUUCAUCGUCUCCCCCUGUGUUAAAAAUAACACAAGAUGGACGUCUUGUUAUUGAUAAUAGAGAUGGAAAUUAUACGUUGUCAUUAAAUUCCGCGAAUAAUAAUACUACAUUUAUCGCUAAGUUAUUGGAUUCAGGUAAUUUCGUCGUUCUAACAGAGAAAGACGAAAUUAUGGUGUGGCAGAGUUUUGAUUAUCCAACGGAUACUCUGUUACCCGGGAUGAAACUUGGGUGGGACUCGAAAACGGGGUUUAAUCGGAAUAUAACGUCAUGGAAAUCGCCAUUUGAUCCUUCUCCGGGUAAUUAUACGUUUAAACUUGAUGUUAAUGGUUUGCCUGAAGCUUAUUUGACAAACAGAGAUACAAUUUUCUAUAGAAGUGGACCUUGGAAUGGUGUUGGAUUUAGUGGUGUACCAGAAAUGAAGCCAACAGAUAUUAUAGUUUUCGAGUUUCAGAUGAAUAAGGAUGAAGUUUACUACACUUUUGAGGUGCUUGACAAGAAAAUAUGUUCGAGAUUGUUAGUGAAGCAUAACGGUUUUUUAGAGAGGUAUACUUGGAUUCCGACUAGUAACAUUUGGAACAAAUUCUGGUACGCCCCGAAGGACCAAUGUGAUUUAUACGAAGAGUGUGGUGUUUCGGGAAUUUGUAACGCGAAUUUAUCGCCGGUAUGCAAAUGUCUAGUAGGGUACAAGCCUAAAAAUCAAGUGGCAUGGGAUUUAAGAGAUGGAUCAGAUGGAUGUAUUAGAUAUCAUGAUUUGGAUUGUGAAACUGAUGUUUUUAACAUAUUGAAGAACAUGAAAUUGCCACAAAGUUCAAGUUCAUUUGUUGAUACUAAGAUGAAUUUGGAAGAAUGUGAAAAAAUGUGUAGGUACAACUGUUCAUGCACGGCGUACACCACCGCAAACGUUACGGGUUCGGGUUCGGGUUGUGUCAUUUGGACAAAGGAAUUAGUCGAUAUGCGCCAAUAUUCGGCAGCAGAAGGUGGACAAUUUCUCUACGUUAGAGCUGCUUCUUCUGACGCAGCAAAAAGUGGAAAUGUUGGAUCUGAAGAUGGUUCUGGCAAAACAAAAAGAAUUGCUAUGGCUACUGGAAUUACAGCUGGUGUUGUUCUUGUUCUAAUUGGAGUUGUAAGCAUUUGCAUUUUAUCAAAGAGAAAAAAAUUAUUGGAAGGUCCAAUAAGAAACAAAGCAGAACAAAGAGGCUCUAUUGAAAGAAGUCAAGAUCUUCUAGUGAACACAGGCAUUAUUCCAAGUAAAAGAGAAAUUUCUAGUGAAACAGUCGCGGACGAGUUUGAAUUGCCAUUAUUUGAUCUCAGUACCUUAGCUAUGGCUACUGAAGAUUUUUCUGAUGCAAACAAGCUAGGCCAGGGCGGUUUUGGUUGUGUUUACAAGGGAAUAAUAGAUGAAGGUCAAGAAAUAGCAGUGAAAAGGCUGUCAAAGAAUUCAGGCCAAGGAGUAGAGGAAUUCAAGAAUGAGCUAAGAUUAAUUGCUAGACUUCAACACAGAAACCUCGUUCGCCUUCUUGGAUGUUGCGUUGAGAUGGAAGAGAAAAUGUUGAUAUACGAAUACAUGGAAAAUAAAAGCUUGGAUUCAAUCUUAUUCAAUAAGCAGAAAAGCUCGCUGCUAGAUUGGCAAAGACGAUUCAACAUUAUCUGUGGGAUUGCUCGGGGGCUUCUGUAUCUUCAUCAAGAUUCAAGAUUUCGGAUUAUCCACCGAGACCUCAAAGCAAGCAACAUUCUCCUUGACAAGGAAAUGAUCCCGAAAAUAUCAGAUUUUGGCAUGGCACGGAUUUUUGGAGGCGAUGAGACCGAAGGAAAUACAAAGAGAGUUGUUGGAACCUACGGUUACAUGUCUCCUGAAUACGCGAUGGAUGGUCUAUUCUCUGUUAAAUCAGACGUUUUCAGCUUCGGAGUUUUAGUGUUGGAAAUAGUAACAGGGAAGAAGAACAGAGGAUUUUAUUUUCAGAACAAUGAAAGAAACCUUCUUGGCCAUGCGUGGAAACUAUGGAGAGAAGGAGGAGCCUCAGAACUACUCGAUUCAUCAGUUGGUGAAUCAUUUUCUCCGUGUGAAGUAAUCAGAUGCAUACAGGUCGGGUUAUUGUGUGUUCAGGAACAAGCAGAAGAUAGACCGAACAUGGCAACCGUUGUAUUGAUGUUAGGAAGUGAAACCGCAACAAUGCCUCAGCCUAAACACCCUGGUUUUUGCCUCGGAAGGAGACCUGUUGAUGAACACUCGGAAACUAUUUACGAAGAAACUUUCACUGUGAAUCAAGUUACGAUUACCAUGCUUGAUCCCCGGUAGAGUUAAACGUUCAGACAGAUCAUAGGCUUGCCCGCUUCUACGUGACAGAAUAGAAAUAAAGGCAAAUUCCACUGAUGGGAGUGUGAACAUAGAGAUUUCACGACGAAUGAAUGCAAUACAUGGAUGAUGGAUCCCUGCUGGCAAAAAUGUAUAGAUAGUACAUUAGUGUUUUUUCUCCACCCGACCAUAUCAGGAGGAUCAAUAGUGUUUUAACUUACCCUCCUAUAGUACAUUAGUACUACGAGUGGUUAGCAAUUUUCUCUUUGUACACUUACCUUGAUUUUUUUUACAAAAAUAAUGUUUUUUUUUGGGUAGUUAAUUAUAGAAAUAGUCUUCUUUCUCAUUUUAUGAAAUUGUGAAGUUCCAAUAUAGAUAAGUCUUUUUUUUUUUAAAAAAAAUGAUCUUUUGCUAUGUACAUAAUAUAAACCUUGUUAUAUGAAUAAAAAGAUUGAAAUGUUCCUUUAA